AGGAGGGAGGCGGGCGCGUGCGGUGCGCGUUCCCGGGGCGUCAUUCCGUGGACUAAUCCCUCGCCAAACCCCCGCUUUGCGAGGCUGCGACGAGCAGCGCUUCGACGGGUUCUAGGCUGGGGCUUUGGGCGGGUUCUAGAUCCCGUCCGUCCACGGGGGCCUUUUAAGGUCUGGGACUUGGCAAGAGUGAGGGCUCUCCUGAUCCCCGCCGCUCUCCCAAAGAUCGGAAUGGGAAGAAGGCGCCUCUCUUCGGCCACUCCGCCUCUGUCGCUGCUGCUGCUGGGGCUUCUCCUGGUCCUCCGCCCGCCUCCCGCGGCUGCCAGCACCGCGGAUGCUCCGGACGAAGAGGACGACCCCACGCUCUCCCUGGCUUUGGAGGAGGAGAACCCGGACGAAGCCGGGAAGGACCGGAGCGCGCCCGCCGCCUUCCACCGGAGCAAUAAGGAUGUGUGGCGUUUACCUGGCCAUUAUAUUGUGGUGCUUAAGGAGGAAACCCAUAAAUCCCAGACAUCCCGAACGGCCAAGCGGCUGCAGGUCAGAGCAGCGAAGCAUGGCUACUUGACAAAAAUCCUUCAUAUCUUUGAGGACCUAUUUCAGGGCUUCGUGGUAAAAAUGAGCAGUGAUGUGUUACACAUGGCAUUGAGGCUGCCACAUGUGGAUUACAUAGAAGAAGACUCUUAUGUGUUUGCUCAGAGCAUUCCUUGGAACCUUGGCCGGAUCGUCCCAGUGCAGGACAAUUCAAAUGAAUACAAUCCGCCCAAUAGAGGUGACCUGGUUGAAGUUUAUCUGCUAGAUACUGGCAUCCAAAGCAACCAUCGGGAAAUAGAAGGUAGAGUGUUUGUGACCGAUUUUGAGAAUGUCCCAGAAGAGGAUGGCACUCGAUUUCACCGCCAGGCCAGUAAGUGUGACAGCCAUGGGACCCACAUGGCUGGCGUGGUGAGUGGGAGGGAUGCUGGUGUGGCCAAAGGAGCCAGUGUUCGCAGCCUCCGGGUACUCAAUUGCCAGGGAAAGGGCACUGUAAGUGGCACUCUCAUUGGAUUGGAAUUUAUUAAAAAGACCUUGGCUGCUCAGCCCUACAGUCCUCUGGUGAUUUUGCUCCCCUUGGCUGGAGGCUAUAGCCGCAUUCUCAAUGCAGCUUGUCGCCUCAUGGUACAGUCAGGAGUGGUGAUCAUUGCUGCAGCGGGCAACUACAAGGAUGAUGCUUGCUUAUAUUCACCAGCAUCCGAAUCAGAGGUUAUCACAGUUGGUGCCACCAAUGUCCAAGACCAACCUGCUUCUAUGGGGAGCCUAGGAACCAAUUUUGGCCGUUGCGUAGAUGUGUUUGCUCCUGGAGAUGAUAUCAUUGGUGCGUCCAGUGACUGCAGCACCUGCUUUACAUCACAGAGUGGGACAUCCCAGGCAGCUGCACAUGUAGCAGGUAUUGCAGCCAUGAUUCUGAACACCAACCCCGCUCUAUCCAUCUUUGAGCUGAGGCAGAGGUUAAUCCACUUCUCCAUCAAGAACCUUAUGAAUGAGGCUUGGUUUCCAGAAGAGCAGAGGCUUUUAACCCCCAACAGAGUGGCUGGACUUCCCUCCAAACUUGUAGAAGAUGAACAGCUAUACUGUCGCUCUGUGUGGUCUUCCCUGUCUGGGUCGACUAGUUCAGCAAUAGCUGUCGUCCGUUGCAUUGGAAAUGAAGAAAUGUUCAGCUGCUCAAGUUUGUCAAAGAACGGCAAGCGUCGAGGAGAGCGCAUUGAGGACUAUGGAGGCAAGAAAGAAUGUGUGGCACAUAAUAGAUUUGGUGGCCAAGGCGUCUAUGCCAUAGCUAGGUGUUGCAUUUGGCCCAAAGCUGACUGUCAGGUUAAUGUACACACGCCAGUUCCAGAACGCACAGCUGUUCAAAAUGUUGGCUGCACCAAGGAUGGCCAUGUUUUGACAGGUUGCAGUUCUCAUUCCAUGGGUGAAGAUUUCAGUGGCAACAUCAGACCUGUACUCAAGUCAGAAGGCAACUAUGACCAGUGCAUUGGCCAGUCAGGUGCGGCGGUUCAUGCCUCCUGCUGCCAUGCACCCAGCCUCGAGUGCAAGGUACAAGAAUAUUCUCCUUUGGAGCACAUGACAAAGGUAAUGGUGACUUGUGAUGCUAGUUGGACACUGACAGGAUGUAAUGCCCAGUCUCGCGGUUCUCACACACUUGGUGCAUAUUCCAUGGACAAUACUUGUGUAGUGAUGAGCAGUCCAGGGAGACACAGAACAGCAGCCAUUGCCAUUUGCUGCAGGAAAAGACUCUUGGAAACUGUGAAGCAUCGUUCCAGUUAUAAGUGACAGUUCCAACUCCUUCUCCCUCCGUUAUCUGAGACUCUCAAAUUAUGACAGACACCCCAUAAGGUGACAUUGGUGAUGUGAUAUUCAUCUCUCUAUUUUGCCUGAAGAAAGCAUUUUGAAGGCAGACUUUAGUACAACUAGUAAGGGUUCUUGAUUGGUCUUUGGCAUAUUUGUACUCAAUUUCACAGCUGGUUGGCAUGAUUUACAAUUUACCCUAAUCUAUUGUAUCUUCUGGAAUACCAUGACAUGCACAGCCGGAGAUUUCCAGUCAGUGAUUGGAUACAUGUGUUCUUUCCAAAAUCUUCCCGUUUCAAGACAGCAGAUUCGUCUUUAAUUUUUGUGUGAGCUAUCCAUGGUGCCGUUUGAAUGUGUGUUGCCUAAAAUGUGUUCUGUGCUCAAAGUGACUUGUGGAUUACUUAACAUGAAGACUCUUUCUAGAUUUCCAUGAAGGAGUUAAUUCCUAUUGCCUUUCGACCAGUAUCAUGACCUUUUAGUUUUUUUUCAUUUUCUUGUCUGGUUCCCCAUGUCCAUUCUUCCUAUAUCAAGCAAAGUCCAGACAUUAAAAAAAGCAAGACAGGACAGGACAUGACCUACAUAUGGACCAAUGCUAUCACAAAAGUUGGUAUGGGCAUCUCUUUCAUGAUAUAGAACUAGAGUUUCAUUGUCAGAUGACAGAAAGGAACCAUCCACGAAUGGGAUCAUUUUGAGCUGAGAACCAAAUUUCGCAUGGAUGUGAGAAUAUAGUGGCAAAAUCUUAAAGGGAAAAUCACUUGCUAUACCACUCUUUCCCAAAAGCACCUUCUGCAGAAAUAUAUUUACUUAUUUUAUUAUGCCUUAUGAAAGAAGGAAUAGAACAUGUUGUGAAACAACUUAAUAUUGUGUGUUGCAAGAGACAUCCACAAGCGGGUUAACGACUUGUCACCUAGACAAGAUAAGGGUCACAUGACUGAAAAAGUUUUGACGUAAUACAUAACUACUGGCUUGUUGUGUGUUUUCCGGUCUGUAUGGCCAUGUUCCAGAAGUAUUCUCUCCUGACGUUUCGCCCACAUCUAUGGCAGGCAUCCUCAGAGGUUGUGAGGUACUGUAUAUACAAACUACAACACAAACUACUGGCUGUUUUGCAUGUUGACAAAGUUGCUGAUGUAGCUGUAGAUGUAGCUGCAAGUAUUGCUGAUAUAUUGAAAGUUCUUGAAAGCCUCAAAGAAGUAUAGGCUGUGAAAAUACACCCCUUUAACCACUUGGCUAAAGUGAUAGUUUUUUUUUUAGAAGGCACUGGGAACAGGAACAAAUGAGAAUUCUGACUUUGAAAGACAAUCUGGGAUGGCACCAAGCCUAAAAUCUCUAGUCUUGAAAAUCCCCUGAAGAACAUGUGAAUUUUGCCUGGUCUGGCCAUGAAAGGUAUCAUGGAUAGCUCCUUCUCCAGUCUUGAGAAUAAUGCAAAAUAAAUAAUUUUUAUGCUCCUGAUUUCCAAAGGACUUCCUAGGAGGUAGGAAUAAAAGAAUAGGCUAAGAUGGGUGGGAAAGCUAAGACCUAUCCAGUGCUUUUGCCUGGCUCCAACCCUUUUUGUGUGUGUGUUUGGCUUCUGUCAAAGUAUGUAAUAAAAGUUCAAUUGCCUGACGAUGCCCUGCUGUAUUAAGGCAUAGAUUUCGGACACUGUCAUGGACUAAUAAAUACUAGGCGUGGUUUAUAAGCCAGUGGAAUACAGCACUUGGCUGGUACAAAGGUAUAUCUAUCCAUAUUUCAGUAUUUGGUUCCAAAGUGCCUUAUAUACUCCAUAUUUAACAACACAUACUAGAUCACCAUCCUUUGUGAACUUAAACCUUGUGAACCAAAGAGGAUCAGCUACAUUGAGUUGAACUGCUGCUUUCUAACAUAGAGAAGCUACAUCUUUGGAGGGAUGUUGUCCACAUUCUGCUCUUGAAUAGAAAAUUUGCUCCCUUUUCUAAUUGUCUAGUUUCUAGGCUCCUUUUAGUUGCCCACUGAUUUCCUUGUCAAGGUAUUGCCAAACCACAGUAGCACUGAAUUCUAUAACAGCAAAAAUCUCCAGAUAUUUUGGAUAAACAUGAAAGUAUCCACUUUGGUAAGGGUUUGAUUGAGGAGCUCCAAGAAUCCCACUGAGCUAAGGCACAGUGUUUAUUCACAAGAGUAUACCCCAACCUAAAAGCGCUUAAACUCAGGAGAUGAAGUACUUUUGAUCUUUAAUCACACUUGAGAUACUGUAAAGUCAAGCACGCUGUCAGUAUUUUGGACCAGACAGUUUGGUUUACUGAUAAAAAAUAUUGGUAGCUAUCAUUUAAGUUUGUCAAGGUAGUGUAUUAGAGUUGCAUAUGAAAUCUUUUGCCUUUUGUUCAAAUGUUUAACUGCUUAUAUAAUCAAGUACUUAUCUGCAAUUAUGUUCCUAUUUUAAAAGAACAACCUUAUGCAUGCCUACUCAAAGGUAAGACAUUUUAUUCAAUGGUGCCUCCUUGCGGGAAAAUUUGCAGAGGAUUGUGGCUUAAAUGGCUUAGUCCUCUUCAGAAAGGAUAAGAUGAAUACUGAAUAUUGAACUAUUUUAAUAGCAUGUAAUAUGUUUUAUGUUGUUUUUGAGCUAAAAUAUAAAUUUAUCUACUGUAACUCAUUGCUGAUUGAUGUAGAGAAAAGCCUUUGUGCUGUGGAUUUUGUGUCCCCCCCUUUCCCUUGGUACUAUUUAUUCUGUUUUAUAUAACAUUUUAUAAAACCUACUUUUUGAAAUAAAGUUUCAUAUGAUUUUUCUUGGA